AUAAUUUGUCAUUGUUCUUGGGCGGACCAAUAAAAGCCUCUCUUUUGAAUCCCCCACACAGAUCUAUCGCCUCUUCUUCCCUCGUGUCUGCCAGAAUUUUUGUUUCCCGUUGAUAAAGGGUUUAUCUUUGGUGGAUGAUUAGUGAAACUUUUUAAGGAGAUAAUAGUUCACAUGUUUUAGUUAAAAAUGGCAGCUUCAAGCGGCUCUGGUUUGGAAGCUGAGGAGGGGGAAAUAAGUAUAGACAUGGAGGAAGACAUGGAUCUAACAGAAGAUGAUUUCAGAAAUGUGUCUGGCCAGUUUUCAGGACAAGCAUCGAUCGUGGAGGUUGGGGAUGCUGUUGAUGUGAGAGUCGAAACCGUGAAAGUAGAUGUUAGUUCUAAAUCUGGUGUUAAAAGAGCCAGAACAAUCUCUCUGGAACAGCAACCUUCAGUCCAUGUUACUUAUAAACACUUAACAAGAGAUAGUAAGCAGAAGCUGGAAAGUUUAUUACAGCAAUGGUCAGAAUGGGAGGCAGAACAAAAUUCCUUGUCCGAGGAUCAAGAACAAGUACUAGAAGCUGGUGAUGAGACAUACUUUCCUGCUUUGCGUGUGGGAUUGCAGAAGACAUCAUCUGUAUCAUUUUGGUUUGACUACCAAACUGGUCACAGUUCUUCGAAGAAGUCUGUUCCAGUGGAAAGUAGCACUACUCCUCUUUAUAACCGUGGAUUUACAAUUGGUUUAGAUUCAGGUUCAAAUAACGUGGAAGGAGGCUUGGAGAUUAUUGAUGAUCCUCCACGUUGCUUCAACUGUGGCGCAUACAGUCAUUCUAUUAGAGAAUGUCCAAGGCCUUUUGAUCGAUCAGCAGUUAGUAAUGCUCGGAGGCAACAUAAAAGAAAAAGAAAUCAGACUCCUGGAUCCCGUCUACCAUCCAGAUAUUAUCAGAGCCUUCAACGUGGAAAAUAUGAUGGCUUGAAGCCUGGCUCACUUGAUGCAGAGACGCGUAAGCUUCUCGGUCUAAAGGAACUCGAUCCUCCUCCAUGGCUUAACAGAAUGCGAGAGAUUGGAUAUCCACCAGGAUAUUUUGGUAAGCUUUCAUACUCUCUCUUGUUAUCAUAUCAAAGGCAUCUUUGUUCAUGACUACGUUGUCUCUUCUUUUUUGUUUGUAUCACUUAGCUGUAGAAGAAGACGAUGAUGAUCACUCGAGAAUAACUAUAUUUGGUGAGGAAGAGACUAAAGAAGAGGAAGAAGUUAAGACUGAAGAAGGUGAAAUCUUGGAAAAAGCUAGCCCUCAAGAGCCAAGAAAGAUAAUGACAGUUGGAUUUCCCGGUAUUAACGCACCCAUUCCAGAAAACGCAGAUUCGUGGCUAUGGGAACAGAGGAAUAGUAACACAGGACAUACUAAUUAUCAUAAUCACCUUCGACCACAAUAUGAGAUGGGCCCUCUAGGUAUUCAACUGUCUUCAAGCUUUCCUCCAAUGCAUGGCAUUAGAUAUGAUCAUAGGUUCGGUUUAUGACCAAUAAGCCCGGGAUCCGAAAGAGUUAAGAUCCAUUUUAGUUUUAGCAGCAGAAGAUAGAUUCAUUAGUGAAUGUGGGAUGUAUGAUAACCAUUAGUUAAAGAGUUAACCACAAGCCAACUACGGUUAAAACAUUCAGGCCUAAGCCAAAGUAGUCUAUGCUUAAGGCAGAAUCGAACUUUUACGUCUUUGGUCGUAAAACUGGAAUCGUGAUUAUACACGUUUGGUGUUGUAACAUGUCCAUCAAUGUACAAGAUUUUUGUUUUGUU